AUGUCUACUAAUCGUCGAUCCAUAGGUGACGAGGAUGAUCAUUCCACUAUCCGGCGACGAGCUCGACAUCGAGGCUCUGGUAGCGGAGACAGUGACGAUGGCGACGGUGAACCGAUGGGGUCUAGCUCACAUUCACUGUCGUCGCAAGGAAGGAGACAGACUCGGCGUCCAGGGGAAGCUACAUCCGGUGACAAUUUAGAACCAGAUGGUCGACCGUCAUCAACAGCUGGGAUUGCUGCCAAUGCGCGUUCUCGCGAUCGAACCUACAAUCCUACCUCUCGGUCAGAAAGGGUUAGUCGAGUUCUAGACGCUGCUACAGAUGAUGCCUCUGCAAAAUCAGGCCGAUCUCGAGCAUCCGUGUCAACUCCAAACCAUGAAGACGAGCUCGAGCGCAUUCGUGGAAUCCGUGCCAGAAGAAUGCGACAAGAACGCCUGGACCGCGGCGACGAUGGAAGCAGGUCACCAAGUCGAAAUGAGGCUAGACGAAUGGAACAUAGGAUGAGAAGGCGGGAAUUACGUGAAGCAAAGGCGAAUGGAGAAACAUUGUCUUCACCAAUUCAACACCGCAGUACACCAGCAAUUUCGAGAAGAGAGUUGGAGGAUGCGGGUCUGGUUCCGAGAGAAAGUGCUAGGAUAGGUGACACGCAAUCAAAACCCAACCGCGUAAGAUCGCACCGGCUCAAAGACUUGUCCCCUAGUAGACAUGACGAUGGAGCUUCGAUGUCGAGUGCACGGCGAAGGAGGGACAGGAGUGAACGGAUGUCAUCAGAAGCUAGCGCCGAGUCGCGUUGGGAUCGUGUAGAAGACAUUGACGCCAGAUUAAGGGCUCGAAGGGCGCGUCGCAACGCUUCAGAAUCUGUUACGGUGGUAUCCAAUUUGGACGCAGACGAGGGCCAACCUCGAGAAAGGUUGUCGUUGUCAAACUCACAAGACGCAUUGUCGGAAGCAUCAGGAUACUCAGGAAUGUCUGUGGGAUCAGGGGAUUCAGAAUUUACUGGAAGAAGAGGCGAAAGAACACAGCGCCAGCCUACAGCACGUCGGUCACCUCCUCCACGAUCCAAAAGUGCGGACGAAGACCUUGUCCAGAAUGGAGUUGAUCCUAGCUUGUUCGAUAGAGGAGCGAGACGAAGAGAAAGGCAGCAAUUACGCAUGAAAACUGUCGAUACAAGGACUACUGGUCUUACGGAGCGAUUGAGGGUGCGGAGGGAAGCACGUGCUGCAGAACGAGCCAACUCAGCUUCAACCACACAAGGAAAAACAGAGGAGGGAGAAGAGAUGCCAUCGGUAGUGACACAAUCUGUCGAGCAAUCAGUGACGGCUGAAGAGACAUCAUCAGAGCAGUCGUCAGUCAAGGAGUCGCCACCUGAAAGCUCGAAUAGUGAAACGAGCUACCGGGCGCUUUCCCCACCAGCUACUGACCAGAGCGGUCAAGAUCAUGCGACAAAGUAUUCAGCGGAAACAUUAAUUUCACGUGAAAAUCUGGAUGAACUGGAACCCAGCACCCUCAGCAAUGACAACGACAGCGACUCGAAAUGGAGCUUAAAAUUGAAGGUGAUUACUGCCGAAGAUUUACCACCACAUAUCACUCCCAGUAUGCCACUGUGCCCAUUUGUGAAGGCUGGUUUCGUUCGUGUGCCCGACGAGCCUUCGGAUAGAAUUGCAAACGUGGUGAUGGAAAAACUAGGGAGAAACAGCAUCGACAAACUCAAGUCAUCACAGGUUCGGUAUACUACGUCGAAGAUGCUGAGCAAGCGAGACAGUGGUAUGGUUGACUUCUCUCAAGAACUGAGAUGGGAUGGAAUCUCACACCUCAAUCAGGUUGCGUUGCUUCUUGAGCUCGCUGCUCACAAUGUCGACACUCCACAAAACAUAGCGGAAUCCCCACCACCCCUUAGCCAAUGCGAUGCAUUUCGGGUAAGGGUACAGAAUGAGAUGUCACAAGAGAACAAUGGAUUGAAAUCAGGGCGACAUAUGGAUGCAAAUGGCGACCCGGUACGUUCACUCAGCCGCAACAAAUCUAGCGAAUCUAGUGCUCGAGGAUUUGGUGCGUUCUGGAAUAGGGCAACGAAUAAGAAGGUUGCGGAACUACAAGCCGCAGAAGCUGCUGCAGAGAUGGCGAAAAAAAUAAUGGAGCAAGAUCAAAAGAAGGCUGCCGACAACACUAAAGCAUCUGUGCGUGGUGGAGAGGGAAAAAAGGAAAUCCCAAUGAAACUAACUACCACACCGCAAUCGGACUACCUUGUCGCACUUCGCAUUUGUAAUGCGGAUUUGCACAAAGAAAUCACCCCAAAAGAAGACGUUCGAAUUGGUUCUUUGGUGUUGCCUUUAAGUAAUCUAUUCCUUGAUAGGCCAGAUGAUAAACACGAAACAGUGAAACUCGAUCAAUGGUACAAGUUUGAAAAAGCUACUAACCCUUCUUCUGUAUCUUCGAGUGGUUGGAAGAACCCAAGCGUGCGUUUAGAACUUGUCUUUGGGAGCAUGGAGGCGAUGGAUAAAGAAGAAAAUGAGUCGAAGGUCGAAGAUAUUGUUGACGCUGAUCCCCCCAUGCACCCUCAGAAACGCUUGUCAAUGAUGAACCCAUCUUCGGCUCGAAAUAAAGCAGAUGAAGUAGUCGUUGAAGAUCCAGUUUUGGAGCCAGGCGUCGUCGACUUUGUUUCUGUUGUAGGUUGCCGAGACAUCGGCAGUCAAAAGAAUGACUCUGGACACAAGGGCUGGGUAGAUUCAACCCCCGAGUCUGUAAUUCUGGAACAAUUCCCACCCAACAACGAAUUUCAUCAAAAAAAUGGCAGGAAUGCGUUACUUCCAGAGAUGAUCCAGUGGUUUUGUUUCCCCGAAGGAUGCAAGUUGUGGAGAGGGACUGGGCCUCCAUCUCAUGAGGACCUAAAAUUAUCGAGAUUUUCAGCUUCCUCACCAGCAAAUAUUGCAUCUUCGUUGUCAACGUUUGAUGCAUGCUUGGGCUGUACCACGUCGUUUUCUUGGUUUGUAAUUGCUUCCAACUCAGACAAGUAUGGUUCCAAGUUGGUUAAGACAUACAGUGCCGUUAUUCGGUUUUUCGCGCCUGCUCCCCUUGGAAUUGAUCCAACCCAAGAAGACUUUGCGCAGAACUCUUCUAACGUAGCAAAAUCAACCGGCGCGGCAAGGCGUCUGUGGGUACCAAUUGGGAUCUGUUUGACAUCCAACCUCCCAAUCGUUGGGACCAUGGAGGCGAUGCUACUCCGAAUUUGCGAGGGCUUGGCUCUUGACAGUGGCAAUGACCGAUACAAGAAUAUCAAAGAGUCCCUUAUGAGCGUGAUAUUAGACUUUCAAAAGCCAAUGGCAGGGGCAGUAAACUCGUCGAUACCAUUCCUCGCUGGACAUAGAUUCCUGCUAUCAAUGCCCACACCAAUGGGUUUGCCGGCCCUGCCUCAUGGCCGAUCUGUGGUUUCUGUUUGUAGGCUCCUUGGCGGAGAGGGUUUGGUAUUUUUGCUUGCUGCAGUACUAACAGAAUGCAAGAUAUUGAUACAUUCCCGAGACACAGCGGACAUUGCUAUGGUUGCAGAGGUGAUAACAGCACUUGUCUAUCCGUUCACGUGGUCGCUACCUUACAUCCCCAUCCUCCCUCUUGGAAUGCUGGAGUUUGUCGAAGCCCCUCUAUCAUUCAUAUUGGGCAUCCCUACCUGUAACUUGCAACUGAUCGACCCUUAUGCCCUCGAGGAUAUCGUGGUCAUUGAUCUCGACAACGGAAUUUCACCGUUAGAGUUCUUAGAAAGUGGAAGGAGAUCGUCCAAGAUUGAGCGAAAGACCCCUACCCCACUCCCCGCAAAUGUUGCCACGAACAUAUCGAAGGCCUGGCAUCGACUUCUCAGAGCCGAGGAAGAAGUGGAAGAACAGUUUGGCAAUGCCAUGUUGGGUGAGCAAUCGCUGCCGAGGCUUGAAGGCGAGAGCUUGGCUGAGAGAGAAUUUAGGAUUUCCGUUGCAAUUGAAAUUUCAAGCCUGUUUAGGGGAUAUGAUGACUGUGUUGGCCCUGUGUUUAACCGGGACAAGUUUUUGAAGAUUGCACCUGCGCUUUUUGAAGAACGACGGUCACGUGGUGUCGGAAAUGUCCUUUCUUCUCGAAGUAGGCACUCUUCUCAAAAAAGCAUCUCACCUCGGUCGAAACGAUUUCUUUCUCUCUUAGUGAACACGCAGAACUUUCAGCAAUUGCUGGAAUCGUUGGAAACCGAUGAAUCCUGGUUAUUUCAUGAAAUCAUGAAAUCUUUUGAAGACAUGUCUUCCGAUGGCAAAGGCAAUUCUAGGUCCGAGAAUUCCGUUGUCCGAUCGGACAAAUUGCUUUCGCAGCUUGGAAAGAAGCUUCAGAAAAUCGAAGACAAAGUGCCUACAUAUUUAGUGGACCAAACAGAAAAUGUCGACCGCGGAGCUUUGGGAGACGACGAUAUUUUUGAUCAAGACGAUAGCGAGUGGUUCGAGAGUUUCGAUAAUUUUGGGUUUGAUGCAAGUGCCCCCAAUGCCGAGGAUUCAUUUCGUUCAAUUGCAGAUGGAAUGCUCAUAGAGAUCGAUCAUCCAAGUGCACCAGAAGGGUCGGGUGAUCCGAAUGCAAUAUCUCUAGAGUAUCUUCAAAAGCUUGAGGCGACCCCUUGGAAAUACAAGCCAAUUUUUGAAAUGUCAAUAGGCGCAGACGGAAGCUACAAUGAAUCGCACCCUUCAAAACCCAGAGUCAAGCUUCGAGAUGCAAUUGGAGAGCGGCGUUUUCGCGACUGGAAGAUUGCUCGUGAUCAAAAAGCAGGCAACGACGUCGAUCUUGCAUUUUUGCACGACAGUAUUCGGGCACCUAAGCAGAGCGUUGCAGUCGAUCUAAGGAGUCUUGUAUCAUCUGCAACUGAUGAUACCGCCACUAUGAUUUCUAUGUCGUCGUCUUCAAGCUCGCUAAGAUCCAUUCUUCCACCAGAGCAACAACGAGUUGACGAUGCUAAGAAUAGGGAUUUGAUCCGUCGAUGCUUGGACAAAGCAAAUGUAAGCAAUGGCAAUUGGUCUGAGUAUAACGGUGGUACAGAUGAGGAUGGAUUCAAUCCGUUCCUAGAGAACGGUCGUGACUUGAUGGAAGAAGCCGAAAAGGCUCUGAGAAAUCCUACUGCCCAAAGGUUUCUUCUUUCAAUUUUGGCGCAGCGAUCACGACUCGAGAACCAACGGGCGCGGACUUUGCGUCACCGCCAGUCAUCAGUCGCAUCAGCAGCCUCAAGAGUUUCUGAGAUUGCUUUUGAAUGUCUCGUUCGACUGGUUUGUGCGAUGUUGGACUCCUGCAUGGAGUACAACGAGUUCGAAUUGGCUUAUCGGCUACUGACUCAUAGCGCAGGGUUCGUGAUGGUGACGCAAUCUGAGACCUCUGAGGAUGAGGACGCAGAGAAUGUGGUAUCAAUGACAUCUAGGAUCGGAUUGCAUCCAAUUUUUGCUAAUAUUGGCGUCUGGAGGACUGUGAUGUCCCUGCACCUGCGCGAUCGCCUAAGCGAGAUAAAAUCGGAGUCUGUUUCCAGUGAUGAUGAGAGCGAGGAGGAAGAAGAGGAAGGUGUACUUGAGUACGAGGCUGCUGUUGCUACACUUUACGAAAUGGUUGGCUAUGAAAUUCCUGGAGAAGAGCUCUCCCGAUUCGCGAUGCAUGCGAGUGAGGAAAAUGGGUGGUUUUGUGAUGACCGCGGUCGACAGCUUCUGAUGAUCGCGAGACGUAUAGCUAUCAGGCGAGAUCAAGUCGAAGUUGGUGGAGCUGGUGACCAAGACUACAUGGACUUGAUACGCAAGUCAAAAGACUCGGAACCAGAUACUGUCUCGCUUUCAAUCGCGGAAGUCGAGACGCGAGAGUGGAUGGAGGUUGGUUGGUGUCACCCUGCUGCUCCGUCGUCUGUAAUUAGACAAGAUGCAACUGCACCCAAGCUGUCCUCCGGGUUCAUGAAGCGAUCGCCAAUAACAGCUGUGGCGUCGUUUGGGUGUUCAGUCAUUGCAACUGGAGGAUUGGAUGGCAGUGUCUUCAUGGCACAUUCAAUACCUGAUACGUCAAACAUUGGCGAGAGUCCCCCAGCUGUUCGCGGUAUUCACCUUGAUUGGGGAAGCGCCAGUCGAGCUGGUACUGGGAUGUCUUCGGACGGAGUGUACGGUGUUGGAGCGGUUAGCUGCUUGGCGGCGUCGCACGGCAAUGGAGAACAUUCGACUGUGAGGUCAAACAAGGACUCUACAGAUAAGCAGAGCGGGGCAGAAACUUUGUUGGCUUCCAUGGAAGGCAGCCGCGUUGUUGCUGGUACUACAGCUGGUGACCUAAGAGUAUGGUCUGUCAAAGACAUUUAUUCUGCAGUUCUUGCUUCUCAGAAAGAGGAAGAUAGUGAUACCAAAUCGAUGUUCGGUGGCGGAAAUGUUUCCAACAGACUUAGGUUUUCGUUGCGUGGUCGAGCUCUUGCAGGCCAUCGUGGUGGAGUGACAUGUAUUGAUGUUCCAUCUAACGUUUAUCGUCCUGAUUCACUGGUGACUGGCGGAGCUGAUGGGCUGAUUAAGCUAUGGUCCCUUCGGGCGCUUGCAACUGGGCGGAGGUCUUCAUCUAUGACAUCGCAACAAGAUGCCGACGGUACAGAGGCUCAAAGUCGUGGUGGUGAUGCACUGAGCGUCUUCAGCGGACAUACUAGUAGAGUCAUAUGUGUUCUUUCUGCGUGGCACGGUGAUCGUCUGUUAAGUGGCGGUGCUGAUCGAACUCUUAGGGUUUGGGAUCUUGCAAGUGGGAACGGCAAGUGCAUAAAUAAGCUUGUUGGACAUUCUGGUUGGGUGACAAUGGUGAAAUACUGGGGUCCAAAUACAGUUGUAUCAGCUUCGACCGACCGCUCUAUAGCCUUAUGGGACGCCCGACUUCGUGAUUCACCACUCUUCCUGCUGCGAAGUCAUAGCUCCCCUAUAUCUGACUUUUUGGUUGGCUCGAGGACUGAUCCGAUGAUGAUCAGCGCCGGAACAGACGGAACCAUUUCGACUUGGGACUUUAGAAAGCUGUCGGGAUCACGUAACAUGAAGUUUGGAACCCCCGACAACGAUGACUCGCUCAGCUGUCACGUCGUGAGGGUACCUGCUCGUUCUUUGGCCCACGAAAUCAAUGGUACUGAAAAACUUGCAACAAGUUCCGUAAGGCUUGCAAGAGGCUUUUGCAGCUCCAGAUCAUCAUUUUUGAGCGUCGGAUCGGAUGCUGUUAUCAGGGAAUGGGACAUUUCUACUGGUCAUCAACUGGAUAGUUUGACCACUGGUCAUGCUGAUGCAGUUACGUGCGUUCAAUCGUUCGGACAAAGUGACGGAAUGACCCCUUCCUCCAGAUUGCAGGAAGGGAUGAUAACAAGUUCAUGGGAUGGAACCAUAAGAAUGAAAUUUAAGAAAACUUAG